AGAAUGCCGGAGGAGAUGCGCGCGCAUCCCGGCGCCGGUUUGAAUGGUUUUUCUCAGGUGCAACAGGACGAUGAGGCUCAGUCUGGUCAGUGCAACGGUAGGACUCGACCCGUCAGUUUCUACGAUAAUUACAAGGACGUGUCAGCAAUGCCACCGUGCGUAACAUCCGCUGCGAGUGUGGGUAACUUGAAUCAGGUGCGAGAGAACGGGGCCACUACCACGACAACACUAGUUACAAGUGCAACGAGUGCUGGUAAUGUGUCUAAGAUUCAGGGGAAUAAUCGAGCAACAGCAGGUCACAUUGCCUGGAUGGAGCCCGAUCAUACAAGAGACAAUAAGGAUCUCGACAAAGCGCCGACGAUGACUAAUUGUUUGUCGACGACUGUUCCUGUCAACCUGGCGGCAUCACAAAUUGCCGGAAGACACACACCGACAAGAAGUUCACUGAGACACAGCCGUAUGAUUGUCAUGCAUCGAAAUGGAAAUGUUGUAAGGAAGUCAAGACCACCUCUCCUCAGGCAUCGAAAAUUAGCUCGAACCCUGGCAGCGGCGCAGACUAUUUUGGGUAUUGCUGUGACCUCCUUAGCCCUCUGGUUACUUCUAUGGUCACCAAACCUACCUCUAAGCGACAAUCCAUAUUGGAGUGGAAUGCCAUUAUUACUCUCCGGGAGCUUCGGAAUAUGCCUUCUGUUCUGUUUCAAGAAGGAAUAUCCUGGAAUGAGCCCAGGGCUGUGUCUCUCCGUAACCAAGACUAUCAGUGUUCUCUUAUCAGUACUAGCGACAUUAACCUGUGUACUUGCCUGCAGUGCUGCAAUUAUUCACCUGGUAAAGCUCAGUGGCCUCGAGUGUACUCCAGCACGUGUGAGAAACGCCACGUGUGCCUGCCGUCCAAAAAGCGAGAUAGCGAGUCCAGCUGAGCCUGUACUAAAAUACGUAGACCUCAACUGUCCUGAGGUCGAAGGUAUUCUCACAAUUCUGCUAAUUCUAUCAGCCUGCUGCAACGGUUUGGGAGCCGUCAUUGCCGGUUGGUAUUUGUAUCUCCACUGGAGCACCCGAGAGAAGAGGCCAGAGUACAUCAAAGUGAGAACAGGGAAUGCUAGUGCUCUUGAUCCUAGACCUAUUUACAAUCCAAACUUACAUAAUCGAUGACACAAUACACUCAAGGAAUAAUUUAAGGACUGCGUGAGCUCAGUAUUUUAGAUAUUAAAAGUGUAAAUGAGAUCAGGAUGAUUUGUACAUUGACGGAUGGAGUCGAUUGACUUUGGUAGAUUUACGGAUUUCUAAAUAAUUUCUGUAAUGAAUGAUACAACUCGCAAUGACCUCUUACCUGCGAUUUGUGAGGACAAUAGAAACUCUUUAGACAUGGGGCCACUCAAAGUCGGUUGAAGAAAGCAAAAAAGUUAUAACUUCGAAAAGAGCUGUGAAAACAAUUUUAGAAACCCUGAGAGAUAUAUUUGCGAAUAAAGUUGUAAGAGUGGGAGGAUCAACCGACUCAUUUGAUCUGAAAUAGUUCACAAGGAUCAGAAUUGCUGAGUUAAUGUUGAGUGAACAAUUUUUACUUGUAAUUUUAUUUUUUUUAUUCAAUUUGAACCAUCACAUCCUUCAAUCAAUUAAAAUAUGAAUCUCUAACAUUUAUUGUUGUAUAUUUUUAUCAAGCUAAAAUCCAAUGUAAUACUUGUUGCGUCUUUAGAUCCCUCAGCCAAUCACAGACAAUCUUUUUUGAUAAAAAAACAAUCUUUGGUGUUCUCAAUGAACUUCAAUUGAGCUCUGUAUAAAAUCCAUACAGAAUUUGAAUACGUGAAAAACACCUCUCUCCAGGCAAAAACAUGAUUGUAUUGUAAAAAUAUAUAUAUAUAUGUGUAUAUAAUAUACUCUAAAAAAUUUCUAAUAAAAUAAGUGGCAAUAAAUUCA